UCUCCACCCGGCGUGCUCUCCGAGCCGGCUUUUUCCUUAACCGCACUUCAGCCAGAGGCAGCGUUCGACAAACUUGAGACAAUGUCGAUGCUAGCGGAGCGGCGGCGAAAGCAGAAAUGGACUGUGGAUCCCAGAAAUACUGCGUGGAGUAAUGACGAUUCCAAGUUUGGUCAGAGGAUGCUUGAGAAGAUGGGGUGGGCUAAAGGAAAGGGUUUGGGGGCUCAGGAGCAAGGAGCCACAGAACAUAUUAAAGUUAAAGUUAAAAAUAACCACCUGGGACUUGGAGCUACAAACAAUAAUGAAGACAACUGGAUUGCUCACCAGGAUGACUUCAACCAGCUUUUGGCAGCACUCAACACUUGCCAUGGUCAGGAAACAGCAGAUUCCUCAGACAACAAGGAAAAGAAAUCUUUUAGCCUUGAAGAAAAAUCCAAAAUCUCCAAAAACCGGGUUCAUUAUAUGAAAUUUACGAAAGGGAAGGAUCUGUCCUCUCGGAGUGAAACCGACCUGGACUGCAUUUUUGGAAAAAGGAGGAACAAGAAGCUUGCUCAGGAUGGCUGCAGCAACUCCUCUGCUGAUGAGGUGGACACCUCCCUGACCACAACCACGACCACCACUAGUGCCUUCACCAUCCAGGAAUAUUUUGCCAAGAGGAUGGCCCAGUUAAAGAACAAGCCACAAGCCUCAGCUCCAGGGUCUGACCUUUCAGAGACCCCUCUUGAAUGGAAAAAGGGAAAGAAAAAGAACAAAGAGGCAGCAGGCACAGAUGUAGAGAACUCCCCCCAACACAAGGCCAAGAGGCAUAAAAAGAAAAAGCAUGUGGAAGCAGAGAGGGGCCCUGUGGCCAAGAAGAGAGACCGAGCGGAGCUGCAGCCUGGAGGCCCCAGUGGGGACGAGUGUUCCGAUGCCUCUGUCGAAGCUGCAGAAGAUUGUGUACAAACACCAGACAUCCAGGAUGAUGUCCCAAAGCCCAAGAAGAGGAAAGCAAAGAAAAAGCUGCAAAGGCCAGGAGGAGUAGAAAUAGACACCACACUAGACAGAGCGCCGGCGAAAAAGAAGAAGAAAGUUUCCAGAUAACUUGUGGCCUCCAACCACUCAACUGUCAGCACACUGCAGGGCCUGAAGUCAGCAGGGCGAAGCCCAGGCGGCUCAGCAUCUUUUAACAUGCCCACAGGUUGCUGGUUCUACUCACCACGUCUCCCCCAGGUCACCUUCCUAGGAGAACUGAUUUGAAUGUUCCAGA